AUGUCUGCAGAAUUUUUACCAGGCGAUACCGCAUUGGUAGAUCUGCCGUGGAAGUCUUCGUGGCAUCUGACUAAUCUACUAUGGGACAUGCCGAUUGCCUCUGUACAGGCUCAGUCUACAGAGGUUUACGCGACCAACCACACCCAAAAAGUAUGUUUCUUGGGCUGUUUGGAUGGCGAGGGCUUCAGUUUGAAUACUCCUUUUAAUGAUUUGUCGAACUGUCUAAUCACAGGAGUUUUUCUGAAUGCCGCGUCGGCCCUACUGUUGUUUGGUGGUAUCUACCAGAUACUGUCUUACCGCAAACUUGCGAAUAGAACCAUGAAAGUUCAUUGGUCGCUUCCUUUGAAGCUUGUUCUCAUUGCCCUGCAAGUCUCGUUCCAAAUAUUUCAGGCUAUAGUAAUCUCGCAAUCCAGUUACCCAGAUCCUUCGUUGUCUUUCACGCAGGACAUCAAGUUCUGGUCAGCUGUUCUCGCUGUCUUGUCUCUGUGUGUGGGAUUUGUGCUCCAUUAUGUGGAAAACUUCAAGACGGUUAUCCCAAGUGGAGUCCUAUUGUUCUACUGGUUUUUCAGUGUGAUUUUUGGAAGUCUCAGACUGUCCAAUCUAUGGCUUAGAAGCGACCGGUCCCAGUACAUGGUCUCUUCUGUGUUUUUGACACUCAAUGCUCUCAUUGUGUUUUUAUUGGAGUUUUCUAUUCAUCCUCCAAAAUCUGAAAAUGAGGACUUCGAGAAAGAGAAUCCGUACGAAUAUUCCAGCAUUUUUGGAAAGAUCACCUUUACCUGGAUGACCCCAUUGAUGAGUCUUGGUCACAGAAAGUUCCUGGUCCAGUCAGAUUUGCCCAAAUUACCUCAUUAUCUCACAGCCAAGACGGUGUUUGAAGGGUUUUCGACUCAAUGGGAACGUGAGAAGAACUCUAUUUCUGGCUUGAAGAAAUCUCCCUCUUUGGCCUUGGCCUUGGCCAGAGCUUAUGGUGGGCAGUACUUUAUUGGAGCUUGUUUCAAGCUCAUUCAAGAUAGUCUUGCCUAUUCUCAGCCGCAAUUGCUGAGAAAGCUGAUCAAGUUCGUGACGGCUUACAACGAGGACAAUACGAUUCCGCUGACCAGAGGGUUCAUCUACGUGCUGGCCAUGUUCGCCAGUUCCGUGGUUCAGACCGCUUGUUUGCACCAGUAUUUCCAAAGGGCUUUCGAGACCGGUAUGAAGAUCAAAUCGGCGCUGAUUUCGAGUAUUUAUCAGAAGUCUCUGAACAUGUCUGUGGAGGCCAAGCAGGACAAGGCUACUGGUGACAUCGUAAACCUCAUGAGUGUUGAUACCCAGAGACUCCAGGACCUGUCAGAAAACCUCCAAAUGUUGUGGUAUGGACCAUACCAAAUCACAUUGUGUCUUUUGUCGCUUUACAAUUUGAUGGGGAGCUCCAUGUGGAUCGGUGUGGUGAUCAUGGUGAUCAUGAUCCCGGUCAACAGUUUUCUAUUCAAGCUCCAAAAGACCCAACAGAGAAUCCAAAUGAAGAACAAAGAUGAGAGAACCAGAAUAACAUCCGAGAUUCUGAAUAACAUCAAGUCUUUGAAGCUUUAUGGCUGGGAGGAGCCCUACAAAGAGAAGCUGGAGUACGUGAGAAACGAGAAAGAGCUCAAGACCUUGAAGAAGAUUGGUCUUCUCCGAGGAUUUUCUCAGUUUAUCUUCAACACUGCUCCUAAUCUGGUCAGUUGCUCGACUUUCUUGGUUUUCAUCCUUCUAAAUAAGGACGUGCCGCUCUCUACAGACAUAGUGUUCACUGCCCUCUCUCUGUUCAACCUACUGUCUUUCCCACUUGCGGUUAUUCCAAUGGUGAUCUCCAAUGUGAUCGAGUCCAGAGUUGCAAUUCAGAGAUUGUCCGACUUUUUGACUGGUGGAGAAAUCCAGGAUUCUUCUGUUUCCAGGCUCCCUGCUGCCAAACGUAUUGGCGAUGUGGCCGUCAAGGUUGAGGGUGCCCAGUUACUCUGGUCUAAGCACCCACUCAAAGUGGCUUUGAACGAUGUGAACUACGAAGCAAGAAAGGGCGAACUCAACUGUAUUGUUGGUAAGGUUGGUUCUGGAAAAUCGUCCAUGAUGCAAGCCAUUCUGGGAGAUCUUCACAAGUCCAAGGGCCUGAUCUCCGUCCAUGGUUCUUCGGCCUAUGUGGCCCAGGUUCCAUGGGUCAUGAACGGGACAAUCAAGGAAAACAUCCUCUUUGGAUGCAGAUUCGACCCUGUGUUUUACGAUCUCACAGUUAAGGCCUGUGCGCUGGACCCUGACUUUGCCAUUUUGCCAGACGGUGAUGCCACUCUCGUUGGUGAAAAGGGUAUAUCUCUUUCCGGUGGUCAGAAGGCCAGAGUCUCACUGGCAAGGGCCGUGUAUGCUCGUGCAGAUGUGUAUCUUCUGGACGAUCCUCUGAGUGCUGUUGACGAGCAUGUUGGAAAGCACAUCAUCAAGAAUGUGCUUGGUCCAGACGGCCUGCUGCACUCGAAGUGUAAGGUACUGGCUACCAACAACCUGAACGCUCUGACAGUAGCAGACCACAUCACGCUCAUGGAGGGCGGAAAAAUGGCCGAGUCCGGCUCGUAUGACGAUGUCAUGGCGGGAAAGCUUCCCCAAUUGGACCUCUUGAUCAAGACUUUUGGCCGCAAAGACAACACCAGCAGGUCUCAGAACCAGCUCAAUAGUUUGGCCAUGGAAGCUACUGAAUCGUCAUCUUCCUCGGGCAUUAUCCUUGACGAAGACGUCAAGAGCAAGCUAGACUCAAAUAUCUCAAGACGUGCUAGUUUGGAGUCCUUUGAAGGUGCAGUUCUCAGAAAAGAGUCGCACCAACUAGCGAACCAGACCGGUUUCGAGGAGAAAUCUCAACAGGGCCAGGUCAAAAGAGACGUCUAUUGGGCAUAUGCUAAAGCCUGCAGACCUCCGCUUGUAAUUGCCUUUUUGCUGCUCACCAUUACCUCGAUGUCACUUGGUGUUGCUGGUAACGUCUGGUUGAAACAUUGGUCUGAAGUGAACACGGAGCAUGGCGAAAACCCCCACGCUAUGAGAUAUCUUGCCAUAUACUUUGGCUUUGGAAUUGCCGCAGCCUGUGCCACUUUCAGCCAGUCCAUUAUCCAGUGGCAGUUCUGCAGUGUGGCUGCAUCGAGAUUCCUGCACAGCCGCAUGAUCCAGAGCGUACUGCGAGCACCAAUGUCCUUCUUUGAAACCACACCAAUUGGGCGAAUUCUCAACAGAUUUACCAACGAUAUGUACAAGAUCGACGAGACCGUGUCCAUGGUAUUCUCCAUGUUCUUUGCCAACACAGCGAAGGUCACCUUCACGAUCCUGGUCAUCUGCUACUCCACCUGGCAGUUCCUGCUGUUGAUCCUACCAAUGGCGUACCUGUACAGAUACUACCAGCAGUACUAUCUGAGAACGUCGAGAGAACUGCGUCGUCUAGAUUCUGUGUCCCGGUCUCCUGUGUAUGCUCAUUUCCAGGAAACUCUCAACGGAGUGGCCACGAUUCGUGCAUAUGGCCAGCUUGAUCGCUUCAAGUUCCUCAACCAGCACAACAUGGACCACAAUAUCGGUGCUUACCACCCUGCUAUUUCGGCCAAUAGAUGGCUAGCCGUGCGUCUGGAGUUUUUGGGAUCUCUGAUUAUUCUUUCGUCGGCUGGUCUCCUCAUGCUCACGCUUCGUUCGGGCAAAGUCUCUGCCGGUAUCGUUGGUCUUUCUGUCAGUUAUGCCUUGCAAAUCACCCAGUCUCUAAACUGGAUCGUUCGCAUGACUGUCGAGAUUGAGACCAACAUCGUCUCUGUUGAACGUGUUCUUGAAUAUUCCGAACUUCCAUCCGAGGCCCCAGAGGUUAUAGACGACCAUAGACCACCAGCCCACUGGCCCUUCGAAGGCUCUAUCAAGUUCGAGAACUACUCGACCAGAUACCGUCCGGAGCUGAACCUGGUGCUGAAGAACAUCAACCUGGAUAUCAAGCCCAAAGAGAAGAUUGGUAUCGUUGGAAGGACCGGUGCUGGUAAGUCGUCUCUGACUCUGGCCCUCUUCAGAAUGAUCGAGGCUGCCGAGGGUGAUAUUUCAGUGGAUAACAUCGUCACCGAGUCAAUUGGUCUGGGUGAUCUCAGACACAAAUUGUCCAUUAUUCCUCAAGACUCUCAGGUGUUCGAAGGUACUCUCAGAGAGAAUUUGGACCCCACCAAUCAGCACCCAGACGAGAAGCUGUGGAAGGCUUUGGAACUGGCCCAUUUGAAAGACCAUAUCACCAGUAUGGCCAACGAUGCAAAUGAACCGGAUGUAUUGAAGGUGAAACUUUCCGAAGGAGGCUCCAACCUGUCUGUUGGUCAGAAGCAACUCAUUUGUCUGGCUAGAGCACUCAUUGUAGAGUCCAAGGUGCUGGUGCUGGAUGAGGCUACAGCUGCUGUUGAUGUUGAAACCGAUAAGGUCCUUCAGGAGACCAUAAGAUCAGAGUUCAAAGAUAGAACCAUCCUGACAAUUGCACAUCGUCUUAACACCAUCAUGGACAGCGAUAAGGUGCUAGUUCUGGAGAAGGGAGAGGUUGCUGAAUUCGAUACCCCAGCAAACCUCUUGAAGAAGAAGGACUCUCUGUUCUACUCGUUGGCCGAGCAGGGUGGACUUGUUGAAGAUGAAUAG